UUUAUUUGCCAAAUAUUCGAGAGCCAAAGGUGCGGUACUGUUGUGGCGAUCACGAACAUUUAUACUACACAAGAGAUGACUGAACAAAUCGACAGGAAGUACUGAACGUAUAUUUUAUGAAAAAAAAAAAAGGAAAAAGAAAAGAAAUUGAUUAUUACAUAGUAUUUAUUUACGUGAAGUUCAGGGUAAGAUGAGCCAUUUCCUUAUCAAACGUGCAAUGCUAUAUGAUGUUUCUAUAUUAAUAGCUGGUUCGAAUCCAGCAUCGGAUAGAUUGUUUCCUGCCAAGAUGAAUCGGUUCAUAAGUUGCGAGAUAAGCCCAACGUUUCAGAUUGGAAACAAUAGUACAGAUUGGUUUGAAUCCAAUUGUACUCUACACCCGUUUGUUUAAAUCGUUCUUCCUGUAUCCGCGCAAAUGAUGUACUUGUAUUUGGGAAAUGGGAUAAUGGCUGUAUAUUAGCUCGGCGUUCUUAGACGACUAAAAGUACGCAUUAUUUGGAGGUCUUGAACGGCAGUGGAGAACUAUAGUACACUUCAGAGUUAGUCACCUAUCGCUUCUAUUGAUAAGGUGCAGAGGAGUACAAGGUAAGUGCGCACACACCCCACAACCAUCUUUGGCUCUAGGCGUUUAGCAAUUUGGUAAUGGCCGGUUAAAUUCGUCAUUAGAAGGAUACUUUCGGGUGAAUCGCCCAUUUGAUAACUAAGAGAGAAUUUAUUUCCACUAAUCUCCUGACGGAUAAGGUCGAGGGGAAGAGAGACUCUUUGAGAAACCGAAAUUGCUAAACUCCUUUCGUUAUGUAUUUUUUUUUUCCUUGUGUACAUAGCAUGUAUGUAUCGUGCAUUCCAAUGAGAUAUAUCGGCACAUGUUUCGACGCUCAAAGUGCUUAAGAAGUAAUUCACUGUGCAAAGCGAACAUCUCGUUGAAAUGAACACCAUGGAUAGAUAUUACUUGUAUUAUGGACCAAGGGAUUUCAUCAGUUGUCUCCGGACAAUUUUUUUUCGACGGACGACAAAGAUGGGUACAUUUGGUUUUGAUCGUGUUCUUGCUUCGUGAUAGUCACCGAUACGAGAGAGAGAGAAAAAAAAAGAGAAGAAAAAUUAUUCUAUCCCUCAGUUCAUGAUGAAUACGUUACGUGUUGUCGAUAUAACAUUCCCACGCUUACGUAAAGGCACUAAUGCCGCACUUGGCCAAGAUUUGGCCGAAAAGACACUGACAAUCGAUAGCUCUAUACAUAUAUAUAUAUAUACGUUCAGUCGUACAUUACGUCUGAUCUUAGUCCUAAAAUCCGACAAAAGUCCACCGCGAGGAAUGCUCGGUUGCAAUUAAUCUCGAUACAUUGAAGCGCUCCAAUCGGCCCUUUGCCCGCCGGUUUCGCGUUCUUUGUUUAUCCUUUCCUACCGCCAGGAUUGCCGGUACUGCGAUUUAGCCUAAGCGUAUUUAAAAUGUCUUCAUUAAGCAUCGGAAUUAUCUUUACGCCCGACGGAAAUCUCUCGGUACGUGUACAUGUCGGAGCGGUUCGUAAAAGUAAAUAUCACAUGUCGUUUUUGCCGAAACUAUCAGAGUGGCGGCCACGUGGCGGCUACGUGGCGCUAUUAAAGAAAAUCAACGAAAGUUAGAUUAAAAGUGUCGCGCCGUGGAGAAGAACUCUCGGUCUGCGGGGUUGUGCAAGAAUUGCCGAGAAACGUAGAUACAUGAUCAGAAGACGAAGACAGUUCCGAAGAAGAUGAACACCUCUGGAGCAGCCGAUGGAUCUGGACCGCGGAAAAUGGUCGCCGAUGGAUCUGGGAAUAAAUCAAAGGCGAGUAUUCCUUUUUCUAUGACUUCACCCUUCUUUCCCCCCUUCCUGCCCCCCCCCCCCGUUUCUUGUAUUCACUGAUAUCACUCGCCUUCCCGAUUUUGGUUUCUUGUAUUUAAACCGGAUGUCUUGAUUUUUCUCGCGAUUGUCGACCGACCCUUUUUAUACACUGUUCUAUCUGUAUUAUUCCCCGUAUGGUGAUUCCUCUUUCGAUAUUGCAACAAAUUAUGCCUGAUCACAAGCGCCGUUUUGCAAGCUUGUGACUCAACUUUCCAUCGGUCGUACGUUUACCGAUGUGGUUCGCGUGACUUGUGUGUACAAGAUCCUAUGAUUCUUGUAUACUGCUGCUUUUCUUCUUUUUUUUUGGUUUUCUUUUGGUCUUUUUAAGUUUUACCGACACGACUUUUCAUCCUGUUAGGCUCCCAUGGUCUGAAUGCAGCGGAUUUGAAGAUUCUCCGCGUUUUGCAGAGAGACGUUUAAGGAGUUUAGGAAUGAAUAUUCAUAAUUUCGUGAUUAAAUUAAUGUCUAAUGAGUUAUGGAGGUUUUCUUCACCACGUCGAUUAUUUGAAUGAAGUGCAACUAUUGGGACAAUUGGCUAUUUCAAUUCAUUAAUGGCGUUCAUUUGUUCAAAUCAAUCGGUCGUGGGGGAGCACUCUUUCAGUCUCUCUUUUUUUAUUAUUUAAACAUGUUAUACUUUAUAUUUUAUUAUCAUCUUUUAUUUAUUUAUUUAUUUUCUUCCAAUGAAUUUAACAGAUUUUCAUUUGAUUUCGUGUUAGUGAUCUGUUCAUUUUGAUUGAUUGUUUAAAUGAAGGAUUGAUAACAGUGCGCCAAUUGCUGGCUGCCGAUAAGGACGAUAUUAACGGCGGCAAUUUAUUUUCAUAUCAAUAAUGGUAUUAAAUAGUGUAUCGGUAUGAUGAAAAUGUACUCGUUUGAAGGGAGUUCUUAGACUUCCUUCAUUUUGUACCUUUUACGGUGUUUCGAAGAUGUCGACUGCUUUUUUGUCGAGUCUUCGAGGAAUUUUUUCGAUCGCGAGUUCCCAAAGUGCCAAUGCAGCGAAGAAGAAGCAAAGAGACACGACGUUUGAGGAAAAGCCGAAUCACGAUGGGCGAUGAGAAAAAAAGAAGAAGAAGCCACUUUGGAUCCCUGUAAAUAAAGGUGAGAUUUUUUAUUCAUAUAUAUUAGACGUUAAGUCGACGAAUCCCUCGAUCCAUUCUUACUCGAGAACCAAUUGUUUCGUCGAUACUCGACGUCAAGUUUUUCCACAUUGGUCCAUUCCGUUUAAAGCUAUAAUUUCUCCGAUUUUUCGUUGAUAAGUAUAAAAGAAAUCUGCGAAGUUAAAUGAGGUGUCGAGUAUGGCAUCUUAGGAUUGUUGGCGACAGGGUAAGAAAGUCGCAACGUAUCUCGUCGAUUUUGUUUUCUAUACCACUCGUAUGUCGAAACUGAGCGUUUCGUUCACGGCAAGGUAUUUCCUAUCCAGGAAGGUUUUGAACGUAAGUAUUUCGGUGAUUGGGAGGUUAUCAGAACGUUCGUCGACUCGAGGUAUCCCGGGACCUCGAGGAUCGGGAAGCUCCUAGGAAAUUCUAUGGUGACCGUUUCUCGAGCUCAAUGCACGUCUAAUAUCCGUUAAGUCGCAAACGUGUCGUCUCGGCCAGCCAUAAAUAGCAGCAAAGCGCACCUUGCACGACCACCUUGCAACUCUCACCGCCUGUUCGCGUUGUGCCGAAGCGCAGCUCUAGCCACGUUAAAAAAAAAAAAAAAGAAAAAAAAAAGCAAGCAACCACGGCAUAUAUAUCGGCAUCCUGGACGUGAACUCCCAGGCUCCUAAGCGAUGUCCUCAGGAUUAUGUCCUUUCAGGGAGAGCGAGACGUUCGGCGGGUUGUCGGGGAUGCUGCGACAGAUCCUAUCUCCGUCCCCCGAAACCGUCUGCUCCGGCAUGACCCACGGCUCCUCGCAGAUGUUCUCCUAUCCCAUGCUACCGCACUCCCAGGAGAUGACCUCGCCCUCCCCGGAGCAAGCCCCGGUCCCCAUCGAGUGCCACAUGUGCUCCACCUGCGGCCUGGAGUUCCGGAGCGUCCCUAAGCUCAACUACCACGUGAGGACGAGCCACCGGCAGUCCUGCGAGCAGCCCGAGAACAACCGUAAGUUCGCCUGCACGGUCUGCUCCAGGACCUUCCUAGCCCAGAGCCACCUACGAAUGCACGAGGUGACCCAUUCCUCCGAGUCGGAGAGGUCCUUCGGCUGCGACAAGUGCCAAGCCAGCUUCCGCUACAGGACCCUCCUCGAGCGCCACCGAAAGAUGCACGACCUCGACCAGGAGAAGCCCUACUCUUGCCCCAGGUGCUUCAUGCGCUUCGAGACCCGCAACCUGUACAACCACCACACCAAGACCCACCGACCCGUCCAGGUCCACGCCCUGCCGAAUCCCGUCACCACGUCCAGGAUCACUGCCUCCGGGGUCGCCGCCACAUCCGCUCCCGAGAAACCUCCGACCUCCUACCCCUGCGACUCCUGUACCAAGCAGUUCGCCACCCCGGAAUCCCUGACCAGCCACAAGGCCGUCCACAGGUCCAGGCCCCUCGUCUGCGACGUAUGCGGUAAAGGGUUCACCCAUAGGAAGUACUACGUGGUCCAUCAGCGCAUUCACACCGGGGAACGACCUUACCUCUGCGCCAUGUGCGGCAAGUCGUUCACCCAGGCCUCCACCCUUACGGUCCAUCGGCGCUAUCACACCGGGGAGCGACCGUACACUUGCACCCUUUGCGGGAAGGGAUUCGUCACCAGGACUAUUAUGCUUAAUCACUCGAAGAAGCACUAGGUUCUCGGGCUGUGGGAGCUAGGACAGGACCUGAGAGAGAGGAUGCUCAUUUUGUAGCGAUCGUAGAGUUUCUUUACCCUUUGACCGCGAGAGAUGUAGUGGCGGACAUGAAUGCCUCCCCUGCUGAUACGGCAUCGCCUGUGCAGGAUGGGAGCGCAUUGAUGUCUCCCGGUGUAACUCUAUGUCCAUGUUCUUUGGUUCGGCAUUAUACCUCUACGUGUUCAUAAAUUUAGCCCGUUGGGCGGAAGGGCUUUACAAUCAGGAGGUUAAAGGGGCUUAAAACGGAUUUUACCUUGGGUCUUAGGUACUUAUUAUUUGUCGAUAUUAUUCAGGAAGAGACUAAAAACGGUUCUUUGACGAACGUAUAUAUGGACCAAAGGUUAUUAGGAGGAUGAACCCUGUGACUGCCAUAAAAAGGUUUUUCGAAAAUUUGGGGUAACACCAGUAAAGCGGAUAGAUUAAUAGAUGUUUUUGCGUGGAAUUACGUAAUGAACUGUCGAAAAAAAAAAUUUUUUUCUUUCUUUACUUGAUUAAAUACCGUUUGACUUUGGUAUGAAAUUUGUUGCGCGAGCUUUAUCAGACUUGCAUCUGGAGUACUUGAAUUUUAAGUGAAAUAUUUUUUACUUUUUGAUAUGUAUAUAUAUCACACUUUCAUAUUACCUUAAUAGAUUCCUCAAUAUUUUCCAGAAUUAGUCGGUGGUUCUAAAGGUACAUGUCAAGAUAACUUUGAUGCAUCUAUAUUUAGACCACGGGAAUAGUUUAACCGAGAUAUUUCUUUCAUUGAUCAAUUUGAUGCUACUUGUUGCUAAAUGCCAUUCGGCAAGCUAUGACCCAACACGUAGCGUACAUUUGAAUUGCAAAGUAGGAAGGUCAAUUUACAUACGUCCCAUUAGUAUCCGUACUGUACACUGACAGACAUGAAUGCCUUCUUUCCUUACACUGGCGGUACCAUAUCUGCAAGGAAGGCACUCAUGUUCGCCAAUGUACAAGAUAGAUACUGAUAGGUCGUGUAUAAAUCGAGCUUUACACUUUUUUUCACUGUUUUUCUUCCUCAACCAGGAAACGAUAUUGAGUCAAAUUUUGAAGGUGUGGUCUGAAAUGUUUUGAAAAAAAAAAUUAAGAACAAGUAACGAAAAAAGGGAUUUAGUAAAUUCAUAGGGUGUACAAAAGUUGCUAUCAAAUGUCUCCUAUGAUGGGAUCGCUUUUGCAAAAAAGCCGUCGUGGAUUUUUGCGACCCCACGUGGAAUCGAUGAUUCAAGGAGAGUGAGAUACUGCGAAUGUGGAUUAUCAUUUUUGUCAAUCGAUAGAAAUUUCAUUUACCGCCGUAGGUUUUAUAAAUGACGCUGCAGGAUUUUUUUUAACAAUUUUAAACUAGUCAAUUUCUGUCUGCCUGCACGUGAGUUUCGUCUCCCCUCUUGUUCGCCGUCGUAGAACGGAGAUGAGACGGUUCGUAGACUUCGGAUUUGUUCGCAACACGAUAGAUUGGAAACGUAUACGUCGAUGUCGUCCCUGUGAUACCGUUUAUACGUUUAUAUAGUUAAAAUAGAAUUUAAUAUUAAAAUUUGACGAACCUCCCGGGAUUGGUAAGCCGGGCGCUGAGAGUCGCUAGGACGUGCAAAAUGCGUUGAUCUACAUUUUUUUUUUCCUGCGAACGCUUAUCAAGCUCGCUGGGUCAAGGUGUUAACGUUGGCUGGCUAGGUGGACGUCGGUGCAUUAAAUGAUUAUGUGAUUUCGAUACGAUGCCGGCACCGAUGGCUCAUUUCAGUCGUUCAGGUAGGUUUCACGAUCGAGUAAUUGUCCUACCUGGGUUGAGCGUCGUCAAAGUAGUAAGUGAUAAGCAAGAUUGGUCUUGGUAUUGCGAAUUGGCAAGAUCAAUUAUUUGUAACAAUUAACGUAUUUCUUGGCACCCGCAAAAUUGAUCUUGGGGGAGCCAUCGGUGUUGAUAGUCAAAGGAUGACACUUUCGUGCCACGUGGAUACGACUUUGUUGAAAAUGUUUCAUAUACGAAGUUGACUGAAAAUGUCAAUUAAAGUUAAAUAAUUUCUUAGACACAAUGGUGUAUUUGAUAACUUGAUACGAGAGAUUGUCAGUGGUGAAUUGAUAUUCCAAGGUGAUAAAUGAGUUUACCGGUAAGUUGUAGAAUUUUGGAGGAAAGUAUCAGAUUUACUAUAAAUCUGUCAAAUUCUACUUUGGGACAAGAACGUUAUUCAUUCUUCCAAAAUAUUGCAUUGUUUGAAGUAAGUCCGCUAACGUUUUAAGAUAUUUAUAUAUAAAGCAUCGAUCAAUGAUGAAUGAUAAACGCUUGACGGAGUUAAGUUGAAGGAAAUUGCACUUUUUGCAGACAGACCGUUUUUGCUUAUCACUAAUCAGGGAUCUCUACGUGCCUUAAUGAACGGUAGGGUGUUGAGAUCAGCAUCAAAGGAUAGCCGAACUCUACCGAAUCAUAUCAAUAACGAUGACGCUUAAUCGUGGCUAAAUGUUAGUUGAUAUAAGAUUCAUGUCGUGCAGUCGUAAUAACUUAGUGGAAUUACUCGUAUAGUCGACAAUAGUGAAUAGUGUCAAAUUUGUCAGCAAAGGACGCUGUAAUGAAAAUUACCCGUACUAGUAUAAUCGAUACGAAAUAAUAGAUAGUUAAUUCGUGUUAAAGUAGAGAGAUCCUAUGGAGAUCAAUGAAAGUAUCCAGAAAUGGGUAAGUUCUAUUUAAUUUAACGCUUCGUUUCCUGUAUAUGGGAGAGACUUGCGUUUGCUGUCGAUUGUAUUUGUUGCCAUUGAAUUUGUGGAUUCAAGAGCGGGAAAUGACGAAAAUUUUAACAAUGAGUCAUGAAAAUCCUGAAUUUAGGAUAGAAUGGCCAAUUAGCCACUUUUUGGAAUUUAAAUGGAGAAAUGAGUUAAUUUACAAUCCAUCGCUCUGAAAAGCGUUCAGAUACGUUGAUUGAACGUUGACGCUUGGUCAUAGUGAAUGUACAAUAUAUCAAAUAUAUUGUACGCGUUUCAGGCAACUUCAUGAUGGUU